GGUAUGUGGAGAUCAUAGGUGGGGAUGUCAUCGCGAGAUCUGUGAGGUAGGCCAAUAUAAAUACAAGCAAGCCGCCAAUGAAGUAUUGUACUGUUCUCAAGAAGAGAGAGCCAGCGCAUAAGAAAAGAUGGCUGCUGGCAAAGCUCAGAUAGGGAAGCUGGCUCCAGAGUUUAUAGCCAAGGCUGUGAUGCCGGAUGGCCAAUUCAAGGAUCUGAAGUUGUCUGACUACAGAGGCAAAUAUGUGGUUUUCUUCUUCUAUCCACUGGAUUUCACCUUUGUGUGUCCCACGGAAAUCAUUGCUUUCAGUGAUGCAGCGGAAGAGUUUAGGAAGAUUGAUUGUGAGGUCAUUGGCGCUUCUGUUGACUCUCAUUUCUGCCAUCUUGCCUGGAUCAACACACCUCGGAAACAAGGUGGUCUUGGUCACAUGAAGAUUCCAUUGGUAGCAGACACCCUUCGUUCCAUUGCCACAGAUUAUGGUGUGCUGAAAGAGGAUGAGGGCAUUGCCUACAGAGGUCUCUUCAUCAUUGAUGACAAGGGAAUCCUGAGGCAGAUCACAAUUAAUGACCUCCCAGUGGGCCGCUCAAUUGACGAGACCUUGCGUCUGGUUCAGGCAUUUCAGUUCACCGACAAACACGGAGAAGUUUGCCCAGCAGGUUGGAAACCAGGAAAAGACACCAUCAAACCUGAUGUCCAGAAGAGCAAAGACUUCUUCUCCAAACAGAACUGAGAAGACCAGACUCUGCAUUUUAGUUUAGUUCACUGAAAAAUGAAGAAAAUAUUAACAUUCCUUUCCCAUACUGUAGGCCUGUCUAUUGUGACUGUUAGCCUUAUGCCGAUGUGAAUAAACUUGUCGUUGUUGUUGGUGUAAUGGGGGUGUUUUGCUCUCCCUUAGUGUAUUUGCAUUGUGUUUUGUUUAAAAACAAAUUACUCGACAUGAAAACUGAAAUGGGUACCUUUCAGUGAAUUUAUCGAUUGUUCACACAUGCACAGAUGCUCCCCUAUUGCAUGGUACCAGAAAGAGAUGGGGGAGGGGUGGCAACCAAGUCAAACUUAACUUUAUUGGCAUGCAUGCAAAUGUGUUCUAUUCAAAAAUGAGUAAUAAUGAGUCACAUUCUUUGGUGAUUCAUUGUGUUGCAACGUUAUGUGGUUACUAUCCAAAACAUUUCCAUCAGACAGCCUAAAUGCAAAUGUUGUAUACGAUAAUGAGUUUUCUAUUAAAGGGUAAUACUUAUUUUUAAA